UACGUUUGGCGCCAUAUCACCGAUCGCGCAGCCACCACGACGCGGGGCAAAAAACCACAUUCUGAAGCAGCUCGGUCCAGUUCCAGUUCCAAAAUUGUUCUAAAUGUCGGAAGUAAUUACUGUCAUUGAUAUCGACGACGACAAUGACAACAACGAAGCUGAAAAGCGAGUCAAGUGCAGCAAUGUCGCUAGUCCUGCCGCCGUACCUGACGGCAAAGCGAUACCCUGGGUCGAGAAGUUUCGGCCAAAGUCUCUUGCCGAUGUUGCUGCUCACCGCGACAUUGUUGACACCAUUGACAAGCUGACCAGUGAGAAUAGGCUGCCACAUCUCCUGUUGUACGGCCCUCCUGGCACUGGGAAGACAUCAACCAUUCUAGCAGUUGCCCGCAAGCUUUAUGGAGCAAACUACCACAAGAUGAUACUCGAGCUGAACGCAUCAGAUGAUAGAGGGAUAGAUGUUGUCCGACAGCAGAUUCAGAAUUUUGUCAGUACUCAAAGCUUUUCAUUUGGGGUUAAACCAUCUGUAAAAUUGGUACUUCUGGACGAGGCAGAUGCCAUGACUAAAGAUGCACAGUUUGCUUUACGUAGAGUAGUUGAGAAAUAUACAAAAGGUACAAGGUUUACUCUUAUCUGUAAUCACGUAAAUAAGAUUAUUCCCGCUUUACAAUCAAGAUGUACCCGCUUCCGAUUUGCUCCCCUCGACAACUUUCAUGUCACUGAACGACUCAGAUAUGUUAUUGAGGCUGAGAGGUUGGACGUCUCUGAGAGUGGCUUAGCAGCCCUUGUUCGACUUUGUGGUGGUGAUAUGAGAAAGGCUUUAAAUAUUAUGCAGUCAACGCAUAUGGCUUCUCAGCAUAUUACUGACGAGGCUGUAUACAUAUGUACAGGAAAUCCAAUGCCCAAAGACAUAGAACAAAUAUCAUUUUGGCUGCUGAAUGAACCAUUUUCUGACAGUUUUAAGAGAAUAUCUGAAAUAAAGACCAGAAAAGGAUUAGCUUUGGUUGAUAUAGUGAGAGAAGUCACCAUGUUUGUUUUUAAGAUCAAGAUGCCAUCGGAUGUAAGAGUUCAAUUGAUUAAUGAUCUUGCUGACAUAGAGUACAGAAUGAGUUUUGGAUGCAACGACAAGUUACAACUCGGAUUGCUCAUCUCAUCGUUUACUAAAGCCAGAUGUGCACUCGUUAGCGCUGCAGAGUAGUCUUGUUGCUAAAGCGAGCCUUCGUUCGCUCACCAACCAUCUGUCGCACGCACCCGUGUGCAUCGAUUAGGAAGGAAAUGCAAUAUUUGAAAGUCUGCAAGAAAAAGGUCAGAUAACAUUUAAAAGUAUUUCUUUGUUCUUGUUGGACUGGUUCACUUCCAAUAUUUCGGCACAUGCUUAUCUUUAAUAGUAGUUUAUCUACAGCCACCAAUCUUUUGUUCUCCCUGACAUUGUUUAUUGCAUUAUUGAACUUUAGAAUAUAUAUAUUUUUUCCUCCUUUGAAUUUUACUUUUAAUUAAAAAUAAGAUAUAAAAGUAAAUGUUAAAGAA